GGCCCGCCCAUCUCCACCCCCCACAUCUGAGCAAGUCAUUCAGCUUGUGCAUGAGUGUCAGCUCCUGCCGGGUGUAAUGGUACUCUGCGGAAGCCGUUGCUGCAAAUAAAUACCGGUGGAGUUAUCAAGAGGAUUAGGGGAAGAGGGCCACAUCGAGCGACGGGGAGCUGCGCAGGGUUUGUAGGAGACAGGGGAGCGCGUGGCAGGAGAGGGGCUCUCUUUCCUUCCAUAACACACCGCUUAUCGCUUAGAAUAUGGCGGAGCAGCACACAGUCACCGACGGCAAGCACAAAGCUUCCACGAAUGCCGGGAGCACGCUUCUGGCUAAUAGUCGGCCCAGCGCUGGAGGAACCAGAGGAAGCCUGUCGGGGGGACUGACACAGCCGGCGGGAUGGCAGUCGUUGCUGUCGUUCACCAUACUCUUCCUGGCCUGGUUGGCAGGCUUUAGUUCGAGACUGUUCGCAGUGAUUCGUUUCGAGAGCAUCAUCCACGAGUUUGACCCAUGGUUCAACUACCGGUCGACUCAUCACCUCACCACAAACGGCUUCUACGAGUUCCUCAACUGGUUCGACGAGCGAGCGUGGUACCCCCUGGGGCGCAUCGUGGGAGGAACCGUAUACCCGGGCCUGAUGGUGACGGCGGGCCUCAUCCACUACGUGCUGAACCUGCUGCACGUGACCGUGCACAUCCGGGACGUGUGCGUCUUCCUGGCCCCCGUCUUCAGCGGCCUGACCUCCAUCUCCACCUUCCUGCUCACGCGGGAGCUGUGGAACCAGGGGGCGGGGCUCCUGGCCGCCUGCUUCAUCGCCAUCGUCCCCGGCUACAUCUCCCGCUCCGUCGCCGGCUCCUUCGACAACGAGGGCAUCGCCAUCUUCGCCCUGCAGUUCACCUACUACCUUUGGGUGAAGUCCGUUAAAACCGGCUCGGUCUUCUGGACGAUCGGAUGCUGCCUCUCCUACUUCUACAUGGUUUCUGCGUGGGGAGGCUACGUGUUCAUCAUUAAUCUGAUCCCCCUCCAUGUGUUUGUGCUGCUGCUCAUGCAGAGAUACAGCAGGAGAGUCUACAUAGCGUACAGCACCUUCUUCAUAGUGGGCCUGGUGUUAUCCAUGCAGAUCCCAUUCGUAGGCUUCCAGCCAAUCAGGACCAGCGAACACAUGGCGGCGGCAGGUGUGUUCGCGCUGCUCCAGGCGUACGCCUUCCUGCAGUACCUCAAAGACCGCCUCACCAAGCAGGAGUUCCAGACGCUCUUCUUCCUGGGCGUGUCCCUGGCUGCUGGAGUCGUCUUCCUCACUGUCAUAUACCUGACCUACACAGGCUACAUUGCACCAUGGAGUGGCCGAUUUUACUCUCUGUGGGACACAGGGUACGCCAAGAUCCACAUCCCCAUCAUCGCCUCCGUAUCGGAGCACCAGCCCACCACCUGGGUCUCCUUCUUCUUCGACCUCCACAUCCUGGUCUGCACCUUCCCAGCAGGCCUCUGGUUCUGCAUCAAAAACGUCAACGACGAGCGCGUCUUCGUGGCGCUGUACGCCAUCAGCGCGGUCUACUUCGCGGGGGUGAUGGUGCGGCUCAUGCUGACCCUGACGCCCGUCGUGUGCAUGCUGUCCGCCAUCGCCUUCUCCAACGUCUUCGAGCACUACCUGGGCGACGACCAGAAGAGGGAGAACCCGCCAGCCGAGGACAGCAGCGACGAGGACGACAAGAGAAACUCUGGCAACCUUUACGAUAAGGCCGGAAAGGUGCGCAAGCACGUGUCUGAGCAGGAGAAGUCGGAGGAGGGACUGGGACCCAACAUUAAGAGCAUCGUCACCAUGCUGAUGCUCAUGCUGCUGAUGAUGUUCGCUGUACACUGCACCUGGGUCACCAGCAACGCCUACUCCAGCCCCAGCGUAGUGCUGGCCUCCUACAACCACGACGGGACACGGAACAUUCUGGACGACUUCCGCGAGGCGUACUACUGGUUGCGUCAGAACACGGACGAGCACGCGCGGGUCAUGUCCUGGUGGGACUACGGCUACCAGAUCGCUGGGAUGGCUAACCGGACAACCCUGGUGGACAACAACACUUGGAACAACAGCCACAUAGCCCUGGUGGGCAAAGCCAUGUCCUCCAACGAGAGCGCGGCCUAUCAGAUCAUGCAGAGCCUCGAUGUGGACUACGUGCUGAUCAUUUUCGGGGGCGUGAUUGGCUACUCGGGGGAUGACAUCAACAAGUUCCUGUGGAUGGUGCGGAUAGCAGAGGGGGAGCACCCCAAGGACAUUCGGGAAAGCGACUACUUCACCCCUCAGGGGGAGUUUCGGGUGGACAAGGCCGGCUCUCCCACCCUGCUCAACUGCCUCAUGUACAAGAUGUCCUACUACCGCUUCGGCGAGAUGCAGCUGGACUUCCGGACGCCGCCGGGCUUCGACCGGACGCGCAACGCGGAGAUCGGGAACAAGGACAUCAAGUUCAAGCACCUGGAGGAGGCCUUCACCUCCGAGCACUGGCUGGUGCGCAUCUACAAGGUGAAGAAGCUGGAGAACCGCGAGCCCCUGGACCACAAGCCCCGCGUCUCCAACAUCAUCUCCAAACAGAAGUACACCUCCAAAAAGGUGGGCGUCCUCACUCAAGAUAACCCAGAGUUUUGAGAUGGUCCCUUACACGGCUGCCCAAAGUCCAGUUCUCUGUGCAGCAGAUUGCCAAGAGGAAGCGUGGCUACAUCAAGAACAAACUGGUCCUGAAGAAAGGCAAGAAACUGAACAAGAAGGCAGUGUAAUAUAAUGAUGGGGGAGUAAAAAAAAUAAAUAAAAAAACACACACAAAAAAAGAAAAAAAUUGAAAAUGACAAAUAAGCAAGGAACCCACCAAUGAAGAACAGCCGUUGUCUGGAAGCUCAGAACGUGUUUGCCUUGAGCUCUGGUCCCCCGAGCAGCCCAGUGAAGUGGGGUAAAGAGGUCUCCUGUACACCCGGGGUUGGUCUGCUCCAGAUUUACUUUUACCCAGAGGACUUUUUUUUUGUCUUGCUUUUCUUUUUUGUUUUUUUUUGUACUUGAAUGUGGUGGCAAGGCAAGGCACUGCUCAGUUGGGUCGGUAGCAGGUAUUUUGUGGUACAUGUUCUAUAAUCCAAUAAAUCUGGAAAAAAAAAUCUAAACGGGGAAGAAAAUGUGGUGAAUGUGGGAGCAACUGCAACCAAAGAGCCCUCUUUCCUGCUCCUUGGCACAUGUAAACUUGUUACCUUUUUAAAAAAAUAAAUAAAUAAAAAUCAAAAAGGGGAGGGGAAAAAAAUAGCAUAGCAGACAAGAGUUCCUGACGAAUGUACUGACAAUGUACGACAUGGAGGAACACCACUAUUUAGGUACAGCUUUUCUGUGUCGAUGCAUUCUUUUAGCUUGUUUUUGAAAACUUCAGCUCAAUCUAAAUGUGUAAAUAUGUUAUGUACAAAAAAUGUCUAAUAGGGUUAUAUAAUAUAUAUUGGAAUAUUGUGAUUUUUAAUUCGAAGUUUUUUUUCUUUUGUUCUCUUUGUUACUAGUUGCAAUUUUUUUUUUGUUUUUUAAUCACAGCAGAUCAUUGAAACAGCGAAUGCAAUAAGUCUUGUUUGUAGGGAUUUCAGAUUUCCGUUUGAUGAAGAAUGUGAAUUUUUAAAAUACUUUUGUUGAUUCCAUCACUUAGAUUGUAUAUUCUGCUGCUUGAUUAAAAAGGAAGCAAUGCUAUUUUAAAAAAAGUACAAAAAUGUAAUUAUUCUACCUCCCUCCACCAGAGGGAGCACUCCUGUGAAUAAGAGCAGAGCUUCAGAGUCAGGAGACCAUUGCCAGUUAACACUCACUUUGAUAUUCAGCUUCCUCCUGCCAUUCUCUUGUCUGUUCAUAAACUUAAAACUGGAUUAAUUAAUGAGCUGGAUUAAUUCAUUUCAAAGACUGAUUUAGAAGCUGCAAUAACUGCCCCUAGAGGAGCAAUCUUUUAAUCUUUCAUUACAAUAAAGAAAAAAAAAGGGUAAAUAUUUGGGCACUGGCAGUUCAAAAGUAAAUAUCACCAUUGCUGUCAGUAUCGGCAUCCCCCCUCGCUAUUCACUCUCCUUUUAGCAAAGCCAUGACUGAAACGACAAACUGUUUUAAAAAGGUGACAAGUCUACACAUUUACCGCACGAGACUCCAGAGGGCUUUCGAUCAUCAUUUUAUCAGCACUCUACGGUUUACCUCUUGUUUUUAUCACACUAUCUUUUUUACGCUUUGUUUUUUUCCCAGGAGCCUUUCAGAGAGGGGGGGGAGGUAUGUUGUUUUUCAUCUCUAUUGAUGUGCAAAUUUCUUAGCUUUUUUUUCUUGGAUCGUAUGUAAAAAAGGAUGCAUUUCUAAUGACUGCCUUUCAGAGGCUUCUUAGCCAAUCACAGGACAUCAUAUCAGUUAAGUGCAACUCGAACUUGACCGUAUUUAUUUACGUGAUGAUAAGAAGUUAAAUGUUUUCAGGUUUUUCCCUUCUUUCAUAAGCUAAUCGGCUUUUCCCCUUACACUUCAUUGUAAUACAAUGCUGGUGUCAAAAAUGUAAAUGGAGAAAUUAAAUGGUUUGAUUGAAGCCUUAUAAAUGGAAAGUACGAUUUUUAUUUUUUCAUUAAAAAUUUUCUUUGUUUGGGGGAGGGGGGGUGGCUUUAAUUUUGGUUUAAUUUUAUACUUAUUUGCAUCGUUGGACCCAGCUGUGUUUUUCCAGUGGUGGAGCAGUACCCAUUCUGUCUUCUCUCCUAGUUCUCUGAUCCGCCAUUGCUUGGUUCCUGGUAACCUUUUUUUUUUUUUUUAAGCUUUGUUCUGUGCCCCGCCCCACUCCCUCCUUAACUUUCGCCCAGGUUUACAUUUUUACUUGUUGCUGAGAAGACUUGGUACAGUCCUGUUCGGAAGUAGACAAAAUAAAAUGGACUUUGUGUAAUAAAA